AUGAGUGACUCUGUCAAGGUCGAUAUUGACGUCGGCUUUACGGCGACGCAUUGUGACUUAUCGGAAAGAAACAUCAUCUAUAAUUUUCUCAACCAUUUUUCAAACGCUAGAGAUAUGACUCUCUCAACAUAUGAUCUUGAUGAGAUAAUCUGUUAUUUACAUCAGUUGAGCCCACUACCCAAGUUUGGUAACUUGACCCGUCUACGUGUUUCUAUCUUCCUAAACAUCUCAAUGGAAAUAAUGCCAUUCGUUCUUGGGAGCUGCCCGAAACUGAAACACUUGAACUUGGAACUGGUUGAUGAAGUGAUUUCUGAGGUAGACACUAUUCCGAGUAAGCUGCCUUUUUGUUUGGUUUCGUCACUUGAAUGUGUUGAAAUGACAAGCGAUAUCACAAAGGAAGCAACAGAACGGAAAGUGGUUAGAUACUUUCUUGAUAACGCGACAAAACUCAAGAAGCUUGUUCUUGGUUUGAAUGUGUAUUUAGGAGAGAAGCCACACGAUUUUGGUCUCUUGAAACAAGAGUUUGACUCUCCCAGACGCUCUGGUUUGUGUCAACUUGAAGUUCUUCCAAAGCUUUUAAAAAGGCACAGGCAUUACUAA